AUGCAUCGUCCUCUGUCACCUGUGGCUGCUGCUAAAGCUGCUGGGUUUGACAUAUGGCGCGAGAAACAAGAAGAACUUGUGAGCCGAGCAUGGGACUUGGUGGAAGAUAAAUUGACCACACAAAAAGUCGAUGCCAGAGAAAUCGUUUUUGUAACACACAGAUGGAGCGACAAAGAAAUUGAGUAUUCUGAUGUGAUCAAUACCAAGUCAGAAACUUUUCACUCAAUUAGCACAGCGUCUCCAAAAUUACAUUCUAUAAGAUCAGCCUUACAAAAUUAUACACGAUACGUCUGGAUCGACACAAUCUGCAUCGACAAGUCUAAUUUAUCAGAGCUGGAUCAAGCUAUUCGAUCAAUGUACAAGUGGUACGCUGCUUGUUCUGCUGUUGUUCUGAACUCUGAUACUCCUCUUAAAGUAUGGUGCAAGCGAGGCUGGUGCUUGCAAGAAGGCAUAGCAGCUGGAAUUCUGCGUGGAAUAUCGAAGGCAGGAAAGAUGGUCACAAUACAAGAAUUAGCUAUUGAACAGAGUCAUGAGCUCUGUUUACUCGAUCUACAUCUUCAUUAUCGUCCUGGAAAUUCGACAGAACUAUUAUCAAGAAUGGACGUUCGAGAGACGACUCAAAAAGAGGAUAUGGCCUAUGCCUUGAUGGGAAUACUUUCCAUACAUUUGACACUUGCGUACGGUGAAGGACCCAAAUCCCGUGAAAGACUCUUACAAGAACUGGCAAUCCAGAAAGGCGACCUUUCAUUUUUA